AUGUCCCUGGCCAGUGGGAGAGUGGAGAUAAAUUCGGUUCCCCUGAGCAAGAGGCUGAAGAGAAAGAUGAGCUACGUCCAGCAGACUGACGUGUUCUUCCCCAACCUAACACUCAGAGAGACACUGAGGUAUUCAGCACUCAUCAGGCUCCCUUCCACUUUCUCUUUUCGUCAAAAACUGGACAAGGAGCCAACAUCAGGUCUGGACAGUACAAGUGCCCUGCAGCUGCUGGACUCUGUUGAGAGAGCAACUGGCAAUGAGAGAGAACAAGACCAUCGUCAUGUCCAUACAUCAACCUUCCUCCCAGUGGAUCUGGUGACAGAUGAUAGCAGUCGAAAGAUAUUGAUUGGAGAGGAUCCUCAACAAGACACCAGACCCAAAUCACUGCAAGUGUCUAAGUGGCAAAGGGUAGUCCAGUGGUUUUGGACUCAAUUUGAUAUCAGGAGUGAAGACAGGAGGAGGAGAAGGAGGAGGGAGAGGGGGGAUGUGGAGAGUGGGAGAUUUGAGAUGACAGCUCCUCAGUUGAGUGGUGAGGAGGUGGGGAAGGGGGAGGGUGUGGGAGUAGGGGAGGGACAAGGUGUGAAGGAGGAGGUUGUGGAGGUGGAGGAAAGAGAAGGAGAGAAGGAGAUAGAGGGAGAAGAAGCAGAAGGAUUGGCAGCUGAUGAGUCACCAGAAGAUGAGACAAAGGAUGACAGAGAAAGCAUUGGAUCUGGUGAUUCCACAGAAACAGUAGACACGGGGAAAUGGCCGACGUCCUGGUGGUGGCAGGUGGCGGUUCUGACAGUCAGGAACUUCAGACAGUCACGACACACCAUCAUCUCCAAGACCAACCUCUUCCUCACGGCCGCUCUCUGCAUUGUUUGCUCCCUUGUCUGGUUCCAGAUUCCCAGGACUGAAGAGAGCAUCUCGGAUCGAACAGGGUUCAUCUAUUUCACACUCACCUUCUGGAGUUUUGACAUCAUGUUUACUGCUCUCUUUGCCUUCCCAGCAGAGAGAGUGGUGAUAAACAGAGAGAGAUCCAACGGAGCCUACCGUCUGUCGGCCUACUACCUUGCCAAGACUUUCAGCGAGCUCCCGCUCAUUCUAGUGAGACCGUCCAUCUUCAUCAUCGUCACCUACUGGACCGUGGGAAUGAAUGGAGUCACCAGCUUCUUUGGAUUCUGGUUCUUUAUCCUUCACAUGUCCUUUCUCACUCAGAGUCUAGGACUACUGAUAGGAGCCACGGUCACCAAUGCCAGUGUAGCCCUCACUCUGGCAGUACUGACUGUCAUAUCUUGCAUGCUGGUGGCCGGGUUCUUUGUGGAGCACCUGCCACACUGGCUGGGCUGGGCAAAGAUCAUCUCGUUUGUCACCUACGGCUACGACGCCCUGCUACGACUGGAGUUUACCCAGGACAGCAGAUUCAGUUGUAGUGAAGGAGCCUCCAGCUACGCCUCAUGUAACACCACCUCACCGACUGACUCUAGCAAUGAGACGACUGCCAUAUCUGGACCUGAUAUCCUGCAGGAAUUGGGAGGGGCUUACCCACUGCACGUCUGUUUCCUGGCAAUACUGGUGUUUGCUCUGGUCUUUAGGACACUGACCUAUCUCUCACUCAGGUUUCUCCACAGACCUUAAAUCAAGCCAGUGUGCGAUAUUAAAGUUGUGUGUGUUUUCAUCAUUCGCACAAGGGAUGAAGUUUUAGAGAAU